AUGAAUGAUCCUAGAGAUCCGGUCUUGCAAAGGGUGGCUUCAUCAAUGAAGAAGAAGUUUGACAAGUAUUGGGGGAGUUUUGAAAGUGUGAACAAUAUGAUUUUCAAGUACAAUAUAGUGUUCAAUAGGAUGGUGUUGAAAAAUGUAGCUUUUCAAACUUACUUUGAGGAGAUAGAGAAGGGUGGGAUGAAGAGAGUGGGUCCUCCAAGUAAUUAA